AAAAAAAAAAAAAAAAUCUUUUCGAUAGCCUGUAUUGUAAACAACUCGUUAAUGAUCUUUGGAAAAGCUCAACGCUCGAGCGCCGCCUGACGACAGAGUGAUAAAGGGGCGCGCGCACGGACCUUAUCCUCAUUCCAGCCUUUUCCCAGCAUCCGAAUCACUUCAUCAUGUUUGUGCGGAUCUUUCUGGUCAUUCUCUCUUUGGCUGCUUUGACUACAGCAGCUGUUCUUACAGGCCAGGGUAAAUCAGCAGAGCCUGCUUGCGGAAGAUAUGUCUUCCCAAUAUGCACGCGGGAUUUUAACCCUGUGUGUGGGUCCGAUGGGAAGACCUAUGGAAACGAGUGCAUGCUCUGUUUUGACAAUAGGCUGUAUCAGCUCAACACUUUGAUAGUCAAAAAAGGGGAAUGUUGAAACACAUCACCGCUUCAGCUGUGAUAAAAUGUGUGAGCUGGAAUUAUAAUUCAUGUCCUGAUUAUCUGUGAAAAGACUGUCUUUCAUAUGGAAUGUAUUUUUACUUUAAAUAAGCUUUCGAUUUCCCUGUGUACUUUGGGUUUGUUUGUUUUUUUAAUUUUAAAUUCUUUAUUAAAGUGAAGAUUUCUGCCAGA